ACGUAAUAUUUGAGGAAACAUGGUGGAAUUGCUCCUUUGGGACCAGAUUUGUUUUCUUUUAGGUUACAAAUAUACUUUUUCAUGAUGUCAAUUUCAAUUGAUUUGAAGCUCAUUUUGUUGGUAGUGGUAACAUGUUUCUUUAUCCAUAUUAUACUUGGAUGCUGUUCGUAAUUCUUGAUGACGUUUUCAAUAUCGUUUUUAAUAUCGUUAUAGUUUUCGUGCGGAAUUCCAUCAAUAUUCAAAGAAUUCGUGACAUUAACAAAAUGAUCAUUUAUUAUAUUUGCUAUAUGUUCUUUUUCACGAAUUAUUUGAUCAUUUUCAACUAUUACUUGGACUGUAUCUUUUACACAUUUGUUGGAAAAUAUGGGCUUUACAGUUUUCCAGAACUUUUUGUUAUCAAAAAUGUUGUUCAUAUUUAGUGAUGUGUAAUAAAUUCUUUUUGCGUCUCUACAAACAGUCACACAUUUGUUUCUUUGCCUUUUAAAGUUUUCCCAGUUUUUGAUAGAAGGGUGCUUAUUGUAGAUAUUUUUAAAUCUCGAUCGAAUUAUUAUCUCCUUUCGUACUGCUUUUGUUAUAAAUGGAGAGUUAUUAUUUCUAACAACUUUGUAUUUUAUAGGGGCGUGUUUGCUGACCAACUGACUGAAUUGUUCGUCAAAGUCGUUGUAAUUUAAGUCAUUGUUUAAUGCAAUAAGUGACUCAAGGUCAUAUUAUCGUCAUGUUCAACAACAUUGAAAUCACCCAUUAAAAUAAUAUUAUCAGAAUUAAUUUUCGAAAGAAACUCACGAAUGCAUCUUGUAAGAUAUUUAGUAUUCAAGGAUGGUGGUUUAUAAAUGCCAGCAACAAUCCAUUUUUGUUUACGUAAAUUAAUUUCCAAAAAUAUUGCUUCUAUAUGUUCUGGUAAGGACGUUUUAUCGAUUUCUCUGCAAACAAUGUUAUUUCUAACAUAAAACAUAAUUUUAUUUAUUUAUUUAUUUAUUUAUCAUCAAUAUUUACCCAGGAUAUACAUUUCAGUAUAAAUUUCUGCUUUUCAAAUGUGUCCUGCUACACCUCCACCAUAUUGGUUUCUAUCGUUUCUGAAUGGUGGAUAAAAACCAUUCAUAUGAAAUUGUGAGUUCAGAAAGCUUCCAUCAAGUUUUGUUUCUGAUACUAAGAAAAUAUCAACUUUAUCACACAAGAGAUUGUUUAAAUGUUCAAAUUUAUUUCUGAUUGAGUUGAUGUUUAAGUGUCCAAUCAUAAGUUUGGACAUGUUUUUCGUUUUCAAAUAUUUAAUGGAUUUGACAUCACUAAUUUGAGGUGAUUCAAUUGAUAGAAGUGCGUCUCUGUGCAGUACAUAUCAGCACUUGUUGAUAUAACUGGCAAAUGUUUUAUGUUCUUUGUUCCAUUCUUAUUCAAAUGAAGUUUACUACCGUUCAAAUGGUGUUUGCUGAUAUUACUAUGUUUUAUGUAGCAAAUAUUUCUUUCUUGACAUGAUCGUUCUAAAAUUCUGUUAAGUUCUAAUGCCUUUCUGUUAAAAUUAUCAUCUCGCAUAGUAAGUCAAGACACCAUUACAGAAGGACAAGAAUUGCUGACAUCAGUAACCAAGUCAAUAAUAGAGUCUGAAAUUUCAUUUGGUGAUUUAGAAGAGCAAAGAUCAUUCGUUCCAACAUGUAUAAUUGUGCGAUUUGGUUUAUCUGUUUUUGACAGUGGUAUAAUAUAAUUUCUUAUACGGUCUGUAUUGGCGCCAGGAAAUGAUCGAAUAUGAUAUCCUGUUUUUCUAAGAGUUUUUCUUUGAUCUUCCAUCCUUUAACAAUUUUUAUAAUACUAUCACCAUAUAUGCAUGUCACAGAUUUUUCAAACUCAUGAUGUGAAACGCAACUUUCAUUUAAAGAAGUAUCAACAUUGUAUUCAGCAAGAUUUUCUAAGCGUUUCUGUAGUGUUGGUUUUCUAUCAUGUAGAGUUUUGUACUUACUGUUAUGUUCACAUCGAACCAUGUUUAGUUGUUCUUUUACUGUAGAUUCGUUUCGGCGCUGAUAUUCUACAGUGUUCUUUUUAUAAACAGCGUGUUUUUUUUUCUGUGUCAAACCGAACAUAUUCAAUUGAUCUUUUAUCGUUGUAUUGUGCCGCAAUAAAUGAUCGUUAUUCUUCGAAAUAAUGUUCUCAUUCCCUAGAGGGUUGCUGUUAAUUUCGUGAUCCGUAUUAGAGGUCUCCGAAGACAAAUCAUUUAGCGUCAAAAUUUGGCUUUCGUCAUGAGAGGGUUUUACCGUCGUCAUGCAUGAUUGACUUCGCCGUUCGUUUAUACAUUCCACUAAAACUUCUAAAAAACCAGUCCAAUCAGUCAACUGUUUUUUCAAGAAAGUGUUAUCUUCCUGUAACAUUAUAAUACGGUUUUCUAAAAUUCUAUGAUUAUCACCAAAUUUAUUCUUGUCGUUUGCAAUUUGUUUUACUUCUGACAUAAUCUCAGGACGAAGUAUAUCUAUACGUUGUUCUAUACACUUCUGUAAACCAUUAGGAAUAGUUUCAUUAUCUUCACAUUCUCCACAGCAAGAUCUAAGAUCCAUUUUCAAUAUCUCAUUGCUUGAAAGCAGCUUUCCAUUUAAGUUAACAUACUCAAAAUCUUUAACAACUUUAAUACGUUUCCGCUUAUCCGCCAUCUUCGCAGGUAGUCACAGGUAGUAACUGCGAGCAAUAUUCUAGAUAGGGUACAACUAGUGAUCUCCAUAGUGUAAGCAUUACAACUGGUUCUCUUGAUUGAAACACUCAAAGGAUCCAGCUUGAAAAUCGUUUUCCUUUUUCUAUAACGUUGUUGAUUAUGAAUCAUGAAGGUACAGUCAGUGCUCAGGAUUACUCCUAAGUCCUUAACAUAAUUCUUGGUUGUUAUAGUUUCUCCGCUUGGAUGGUGACUUGUACUGUAGGAAGAUUGCUUCAGUUCAUGGUUUUUACCAUAUUGUAAUAAUUGAAAUUUUGUUUCAUUAAAAAACAUAUUGUUGUGAUUUGCCCAGGCAUAGACGUGGUUUAGUGACAUUUGAUGAUUCUCUGUUUCGUUAAGGAUGAGUAUUUGUGGAAGCAAGCAAGUGUCAUCUGCAAAACUUGAAAGGAGUGUGCAUUGAUGAAUGCUUUUAUCGAUAUCAUACAUGAGAAUGAUGAAGAGAAGAGGACCUAUAAGACACUCCUGUGGAACACCAGGCAGAACAUGCACUGGUGAAGAGAUGCUGCCAUUUACACAGACCAUUUGAGUCAAUUGUAGCUAUAUAAUUGUUCUUGUGUUGUAUUAGAAUUUUUAUAUGAUUUUUGAAGAUUUUUUUUCGAUUCCCAGAUUUCUAGCAGGGGAGGUGAUUCUUAAGAUCAGUUUAUUGAUCCAAGAUCUUUGUCGCAUCUAAUUUUUUCUUUCUCUUGGUAUUUUCCCAGGAUGAAAAUAAUUUUGGUUUUUGCGAAUUUGUGUAAGGUUUUUAACACAAUCGUAUGAGAUUUUGAGAAAACGCUGGAAUUUGUCUUCUAGGGGUAGUAAAUUAAAUUCCGUAGACCAAUUGAUUCUAGAUUCCAGGAAGCUUGAAUAUAUUUUGGAAGUUUUUCAAAUAUAUUCGUCUGGUAUCAUAUCAAGAAAGCAUGAUUUGUGUGCUUCUUGUCCACAGAUUUCACACGACAAUAAUGAUUGAUCUGUUAGCUUAAUACAAUACUCUUGGUUACAGAUUUGACAUGCAUCUGUUGUAAGGCGUUGGACAGACAAGAACACUUGUGUAUGUUGUUGAAUAUAUUAUAUAGCUCCUCACUUGUUACAUGUCUCUUGCCUACUGAUACAAGCUUGCACACCCACUGACCAUACCUGGACUCUCCAUCCUACAGCUAAAGGAGGGUCUUGACUAGAGCCCAGGUGGUCAGGGGAAAGUACAGGACAGAACAGAUAGAUAGAUAGAUAGAUAGAUGUGCAUAUUUUACAUGGCUAGCCUCACAAAUAUCGAGGGAUAUACCCUGUCUAUUAUUUCCAGGAGGGGCAAUGGCUUAGAUGGAGAGUCCUAGAGUAUUUAAUGCUCAUUUUGAGCGACGCAGACCCAAUUAGGGCCCGCGCUCUACUACUACCAGAGCAUGUUGCAUGAAAAGGUAAUCAUAGGUUUCAAUAAGAACGGGUUUAUUGCACUUCUGGUUAAAGAGCUUUUCAAUUUGAGUUGUGUGUUUUAAGGGAUCAUAAAGUCUUAGACAAUUUCUUACAUUAUGGUACAAGGAGCGUUUGCACAAAGUUCAGCUAAAACAUCCCCUUGCUUCUUAGUAAUUGAAUUCUCUUGUAAAACAGUGUUUGUUUAGAGCAAAACUGCUAACUUUUGAGAAGACAUUCUUUUAAAACGGAAAGCAGGAACAAUAAAUAACAAAUGCAACUAUGAAAGAAUUUGGGAAGCAAGUAUAACAAGUUUUACGUAUAUACCUGUUCGACUGCCCAUAUAAUUAUCCAAAUUAAUAUGUGCAGCCGGUCCUAGGUGUAUCACUCAUAAAAUCAAUCUGUUCUUUGUCUUGAUUCAAGAAAUAUUGAUAACAAUUCGGAUUUCAAGUUCCAAGUUUCAUACACAAUAAGUGUAUCACUCAUAAAAUCAAUCUGUUCUUUGUCUUGAUUCAAGAAAUAUUGAUAACAAUUCGGAUUUCAAGUUCCAAUUUCAUACACAAUAAGUGUAUCACUCAUAAAAUCAAUCUGUUCUUUGUCUUGAUUCAAGAAAUAUUGAUAACAAUUCGGAUUUCAAGUUCCAAUUUCAUACACAAUAACCGGUAUAAAUAGCCUUUGACCUUACAAGUGUAUUAGUAUAUUAUACAUCUAUAUAUAUAUCCCUUAAACUGUGCAAAAUAUAUGAUUACAUUGUAACUUUCUUCUAUAUAUGUGAAUGUUUUAUGAAAAUGUUGAUGGAAUUAAUAUUUGGAAUUAAUUUUUUAAAGCAUCUUAGGUAACCUUCAAAAAACAUUAUCUAUAUAUAAAAAAAUUAAAAAAAAAUCUCUCAAAAAACUAAUGAAACAAAUAAUCAAUGUUUAUCAAUAUUCUAAAUGUAGUGGAAUAUGAACAUUAUACGGAAUGAAGUUCAACUCAAAAAAGAACAACGUGAGCGAGAGCAUCUUGAAAAGUUAAGAAAAGAAGGAAAAGUACUUGAACAAUUGGAAAAAGAAAAAGACAAGACAAAAGAAGUAACAAUAUGCAGAACUACCACUGAUAUACAGAAACGGAAAUUAGAUAAGUUAAUGAGUGACCCAAUGAAAGAGGCAUAUAUCCCAGAACCACGAAAAGAGUGGAAACCAAGGGAAGCACCCGAAUUUGUUAGACAUGUAAUGGGUUCUAGUGCUGGUGCUGGUAGUGGAGAAUUUCAUGUUUAUAGAGGAAUACGAAAACGUGAAAGAAAACGACAGGAAUAUUUGGAAAAAAAAUCUGUUAAGACUGAAUUGGAUGAGAAAUUUAAUGAAAAAAUGAUACAAAACAAACUUCAAGCAGAAGAAGCAACUGCAAAGAAACGAGCUAAAAGAAACAAAAAGAAACAAAAGAAAUUGUUAGCCAAAACAAAUGUUAAAAAUGAGCAAGACAAGAAAGAUGAAUUGCCUUCUUCAAGUGAUAAAAAUAUGCAGGAGGGAGAGGAUGAGGAACCACAUUUUGUAAUCGGUGGAAAGUAGGAUGGAAUGGCUUGGAAAAAAUAACAACAGCUGGAAUGAUGACCAUGUGUCAGCUACCAAAAUACAGCUUACAAUAUAUACGCAACACAACCUCAUAACUAGUACUUCUGUUUAGUUGAAGAUGUUAUAAAUGGCGUUAAAUAUAGACACUUAAAAUAUGUUAAACAUAAAAGAAUGAAAUAAAAAGUGCUAAACAUUGAAACACAUGCACUAAUGCAUUCCCAAAUAUUUCCUACAAAGACGACACUUAUUUUAAUAAUUUCCUGUAUAUCGAGUUUUUCUUCCUUUUGAUGCAGUUGUAUUUUUAUGACGGUUUUCACUCAAAAAUCGUAUUUUACAGUGCUUA